AUCCAACUCUUCAAAGAGAACACAACAUCAUCAACUUUCCAUCUCUUCCAUUCGGCUGAGAUACUCCAGAUCUUCGACCGCUACCCUCGAGUUGAUUAUUUCAGCUCUUGCGUCGCGCCGCACUCGAUCUCCCCUAAUCUACAAAUAAUAAACUUCGGCUUCACCCUUUCAUCAAUUGAUCAAGACACCCAUCUCAUCAUGGCUUCCAUGGAUUACGAGAACGAGAACGGCACUCGAUUUGAAGGUAUGCAAUUCCACCCUCAUCUUUUGGAUGAGGCCGAAGCCAUCCUGCUCGAUGCAAUUGGCGUACUUAAUGCUGACACGACUUGCGACGCGUAGAUGAAGCACCACGCUACGACCGCGACCGCAGCGCCUCUCCUCGCCCAACCCGCCGCAACGACAGCCCACGAGGUGGUCCUCGCAGAUCUGCCUCUCCCAACGGCAAUGGACAUAUGGACAGCCGGUAAGUGACGCUUUAUCCAUCUGCGCAUAUUCACCUUCUGACAAUAUUUAGUGGUCCUCCAAAGAACGACCGUGGCCCACCAGCUGACGAUGGCGCAAUCAACCCAGGCUCCAACUUGUUUGUAACUGGUAUCCAUCCACGUCUCUCUGAGCAGGAGGUUACUCGUCUCUUCGAGAAGUACGGUGAGGUUGAGAAGUGCCAAAUCAUGCUUGAUCCUCACACCAAGGAAUCCCGUGGCUUCGGCUUCGUCAAGAUGGACACUGCUGAGCAAGCUGAUGCGGCCAAGGAAGGUCUUCAAGGUGAAGUCAUUGAAGGUCGUACCUUGAGCAUCGAGAAGGCGCGUCGAUCUCGUCCUCGUACUCCAACUCCAGGAAAGUACUUUGGACCACCAAAGAGAGGCUAGUACCCCAUCACCCUUUGUCUUACACAAUUAACUAAAACAUCAGAAGAGGACCCACGUCACGGACCUUCCGGUGGCCGAUACAAUGAUCGUUUUGAUGACCGUCGUCGUGGAGGCGGAGGAUACGGAGGAGGAGGACGAUAUGAUGAUUACCGCCGAGACGACCGCCGCGACAGAGGCUAUGGUGGACGUGAUCGAGACGAUUAUGCUCCUCGAGGAGUCGACCGCUACGCCCGCGACGACCGAUACAGCAGCCGUGGAGGCGAUGACCGCCCUCGUGGCGGUGGAGGAUACUCUGAUCGUUAUGAUAGAGGAGGAGACCGUGGCUCAGCUCGUGAUGCUCCACCUGCAGCCGCCUAUGGCGAUCCUGCCCCUCGUCGAGAGGCCCAGGAGCCAUACGGAGGUAGACACUACGAUGAUGAGAGAUAUGCCCGUCGUGAAUAUUGAUCGCUGACCAACUUAGGUGGUGAACGCCCUGCUCGUUAAACUCGCUCGAUCUUGACGCACAACAACAGCUUUGGAUCUGCGACUUUCAUUGAUGCAGGUGCACUUUCACGUGUUUCCUUUUCUUAUUGUCUUCCUCGCAAAUAUGGUCCAAAGCUUCGAGCGGCGGAAAUGCAAAAGCGGGUGUUACACUUUCGGCGGAUCGAGCAAACUUUCGGGUCAUUUGAUGACUUUUCUUACGGAUGCUAGGGACUUUUUUUUUUCUUGUAGCUUUCUUCUCAGGUCAUUACGGAACGACAUUCUGUCAGUCGGGCGCGCGGGUCAACAAUUCAAUGGGGCCCUAGAUUGAGUUCCUCCCUGGAGCAGAUAUCUGGUUCUUUCACGGUCAGCCCUUAUAAUCAGCACAUCAUGUCCCCUUGUACAACUAUUCAGCGUUGGCUGCGCAAUAUCACAACCAUGAUUUCGGCCUUUUACGCCUUUUCGAAGCUGUCUCGGCUUGGUCUUUUUUAGUCGCCAGAACAGAAUCGAAAAGCAAAAACUCAACCUUCCACUCUGUGAUCAACAAAAUUCGCAUUGCACAAGCAAUAUUUUUUGACAGCAACUUCCCAACGUGCUUGUUAAUUACGAUAAGAAAAUCCGAUAGAUACUUUCCAUGAUAAUUUGCAAUAACACCGCCCCCGCCCCUUUAACACAAUCUUCAACUCGUCAUUUCCAUUAAGAAGGCAACUAAAUCGCUCGUAAACUCCAUCUAUACAUCAUUGUCGCCAUGUCAAAGUUCCCGCACGAUUCAUUGAUGUAUUAAUUAUUAGCCUUGGAUUCACAGACUAAUCCCGAAUCAGAAAAGGUAAUUCCCAUAAGUGACAAAGUUGUGGCUGACACAUGAGUCCUACAGGUUCGUUGAGAUAAUAGAGUACUUUGGAAUGUAACUUUUCGUGCAUCCUUACUAAAUUUACAACUGGACACAAAUCCAUGCACCUAAAUACGCCACCCGGGUUCGCGAUCAUGUCUGUGUUAAUGCUCUUAUCGAUUGAACAGGGUCGAAUUAUGCAAUUAUGCUCAUCAGACCCUUGUGUAACGGUAUCCUUUGAUUUAUUGGUAGGUCAUAUGAAUCGUGUUACUGACCAAGAUGGAGGCGUAUUGCCAAGAGUUUUAUAUCGGUGGUAGGUCACGCCAGGCAGGAUUAGUUUUUCUUUGUUAGUUUUUUAUAGUACUCGUAGCUAGAAAUCAAAGAAUGUCUUUCCUUGCUAUGAUAAGGG